AUGGCAGGCUCGAAGUGGUCGAUCUCUUACGGUCCGCCAGCGCUUGAUCCAAUCUGGGGUCCUCAGACAUCAGCUGUAAACUUCUGCGAGGAGGUGCGCGAACGUGACGUCCAAGACUACAUCGUCACGAAAUACAUUGGCGAGUUCUGGAAUACUAUCACCAGCGCCAUCUACAUUCUAUACGGCAUUCAUGGUCUUCGACGCUUUAAGCGACAGGAUGUCACCAUAUUCGAUGUCGUCAAUCUGCCAUACUGGGGUCUGAUUGGCGUCGGAAUCUUCUCCGGCCUGUACCAUACCAGUCUCAAAUACCACACCCAGAUGAGCGAUGAGCUGUCUAUGCAUCUUGCCAUUGGCACCGUGAUGCAUCGCGUCUUCACUUUUGAGCAACCUCUAGCGACCCAGCGCAAAGUUACUGCCUUAAUCCUCGGUGUCCUCGUACCUUUUUUCAUCUACCACUGCGUCGCGGACGAAUUUGUUUUACAUGUUAUCCUCUUCCUUGGUAUGGUCAUCCUGAUUACCUGGAAGACAAGGUCCAUUAUCUCAGCGCGCGUGCCCUCUGAGACCGACCGACGCAAGCUCGCCAACCUAGUGCAUUUUGGCUCCUUUUGCGCUGCGCUCGCAUACGGUCUCUGGAAUAUUGAUGUUAACUUCUGCGGGACUUUGACUCGCUGGAAACAUGCAUUGGGUAUGCCAUGGGGCAUCGCCUUGGAAUUCCAUGGUUAUUGGCAUAUACUUACCAGUAUCACGGCGUAUAACUCAAUGGCGAUCAUCGAGUACCUCACCUCUCAGUCGGAUGAGAGUGCGCAGGGAGUCGGCUUUGCGUGGCCGUCGAGACAGGUGCUGAGGAAUAUCGCUGCUGGUGGAAGCGCCAUCGGCACAACGAGCAAAAAUCAGCAAUACAAGAAUCGGUGA